AUGUCCGAUAAAACUCACCAACAAAUCGUGCUCAUCCUCCAAGCAACUCCCUACUACCCCGAGCUCGAACAAAUCGAAAAAGACCACCACGCCAUCGUCCAACCCGUUCUCCAACAUACAAGCGAACUACUCCGUGCGUUCCGCAAGGAAACUCGCGCCGGCAAUACAAAUGGUGCACGAGAGUGUCAAGAUACUCUCGACGAGAAUAUCAAGGUAAUAAUUGACGCCUACGAGCGGAAUAAGAGGGAAUGGAAUAAAGUUAUGGCGAGAUUGGGGGAGGAUAUCGGUGGGAUCUUGGGAAAAACUUUGGUAGAUGUGGCGAAGGGGUUGGAUGAGAGGGGAACUUCGCCGGCGGGAAGCGAUAUGAAUUUGCAGAGGGUGCUUGUUCAGGUUGCGAGAAGGAUGCAUGCUGAGGAGUGA